AUCACCUCGGCCUCACCUCCCGCGCCCGCCUCACUUUCGUUUUUAUCUGCAGGUAAUACCCUAGGGCCGCUACAGGCUCUCAGGGUAAAGAAUGGCGCCCUCAUACCACCAGCUCGCCGAAGAUGACGGUGACGACCUCAUCGUCCACGGACCCGGUGCAUCUACGGCCAACGGCGACGUGCCCGUGACUGCUACUCGCGCAACGUUCCAGCCGCAACCAGGGAGCAGUGGUCGGGAUUACCGUCCAAUGACCUACUACGGAGAGGGACCUUUCGAUCCGCCCAGUUCAGACGAGGAAGACAACACGUUACUGGAGAAGGACUCGCAGAAGUUGCCUUCUAGUCCGCGGUUGGAGCGUGGUGAUGGACUCGUGGUGGGAUCUAGCAGGAAGCGCAAUGCUUCCCUCAAGUGUCUCAUCGUAUGCCUUGUCAUUUUGGUAUUCCUGGCGGCGGGUAUCGGCGGGCUUGCAGCCAUGUCUUACACCGGCACUGUAUAUCGCGUGCCAGGUACGCAACACAUUACCAUGGACCACAUAUUCAAUGGGACGUUUGGUGUGGACAGACAGAGUCUACGCUGGGUUCCUGAAGCUGGUGACGGCGUGUUUGCCAUCUCGCAGAACAACUACAUCCGCCUCGUCGACCUCAAGACCAACACGACCACGAAUCUGGUCGCGAUGCAGAACGUCCGAGACGCCAGGGGCAAUCCCCUGCAUUACUCUGAAUGGAAGCUCUCUGCCGACAUGAAAUACCUCCUCGUCAAAGCCGAUGCCCUCAAGCAAUGGCGUCACUCCUCCUUCGGCAACUACUACGUGCACAACCUCGAGGACCACUCAACUUGGCCCCUCUUCCCUCCCUCGCACCCACCCACCACCGCCUACGCGACUUGGUCGCCCACUGGCGAAUCCAUCGCCUUCGUCACGGGCAACGACCUUUAUGUCGUCACCUCACCCUCCAAGUUCGCCGAGCCGAUUCGCGUCACGGGCACGGGCAACGCAUCGCUAUUCAACGGCGUGCCCGACUGGGUGUACGAGGAGGAGGUGCUCUCUGACGACUUCGCGCUCUGGUUCUCGCCCGACUCGUCGAAGGUCGCGUUCCUCACCUCGGACGAGACGUCCGUUCCCGAGUUCUCCUACACGGUCUUCAACCCGACGGAGAACAGCAAUCAGGUAGUACCCUACACGAGCGAGAUCGUGAUGAAAUACCCCAAGCCCGGGUACCCGAACCCGCUAGUCUCCGUCAACGUGUUCGACAUCGCGGCGUUCGGUGAGAGCGGGAGCGCGCAGCAGGCGACGCUUGAGCUCGACUGGGACGGCCGCAUCGAGGCCAACAACUCGAUCAUACAGGAGGUCGCGUGGGUUGCCGACUCCAGCCUGAUCGUCAAGGAGGUGAACAGGGCCGCGACGAACGGUAGCGUGGUGUACUUCGAUUUGGAUGGGAACAACAGCUUGCGCAACAGGGGCGAGGUGGUGAGGAAGUUGGGCAAGGAUGGCGAACAAGGGGACGAAGGCUGGAUCGACGCCGACCAGUCUAUCUAUCCUCUGCCCAAGUCGCUCUCUUCCGAUGGCGCUUACCUUGAUAUCGUUCCGACUUCGGAAGGUUACAACCACAUUGCACUUUUCAACCCUGGUUCGGCUAGCAAGGCGAUCUUCUUGACCUCCGGCGAGUGGGAGGUCACGGGCGGUAUACAGGCGAUCGACGUUGAGCGCAAGUUAAUAUACUUCCAAGCCGCCACUCCUUCGAUAGAGCGCCACAUCUAUGCCGUCCCCAUACCUGACUUGAACACAGUCUCCUCUGCGUCGUCAACGUCGUUCAAGCCCGUCAAGCCUACAGAACUCACGGAUCGUGCUGCCCCCGCAUGGUUCAGCGCCGACUUCUCGCCCGAAGGUGGUUUCCACCUACUGAGUUACGAAGGGCCCGGAGUACCAUGGCAAAGCAUACGAAGCGCGAAUGAUAGCUCAUUCGACUACACCUUAACGACCAACGAGCGACUGAACAACACCCUCGCGCAGUACGAAGCCCCGAUCAUCAUUCGGUCGACGAUCGAAGUUGACGGACAAGAGUUGAACGUGCAAGAGAUGCGCCCUCCCCGCAUGGAUGACUCCGGCCGGACGAAGUACCCCGUCCUCUUCCGCGUUUACGGCGGCCCGGGCUCGCAGAUGGUCGACAGCCGCUUCUCGCGCGACUGGCAUACGUUCCUCGCGUGCGCGAUGGACUACAUUGUCGUCACCGUCGACGGGCGCGGCACCGGGUACAAGGGGCGCAAGUUCCGCAACUGGGUCAAGGGCGACCUCGGGUUCUGGGAGACGAAGGAUCAGGUGGGCGCGGCGAAGGUGUGGGCGGCGAAGGAGUACGUGGAUCCCAGGAGGAUCGGGAUCUGGGGGUGGUCGUAUGGUGGGUUCAUGAGCUCGAAAGUGAUUGAAGCCGAUGCCGGGGUGCAUUCGCUCGCGAUGGCUGUAGCGCCCGUUACGAGUUGGCUACUUUACGACUCGAUCUACACCGAGCGGUACAUGGGCCUUCCCGCCGAGAACCCGGCGGGGUACGUGAACGCGUCGAUUUCGAACGUGACCGCGUUCCAUGCCGCCGACUUCCUCCUCGCGCACGGGAGCGGGGACGACAACGUGCACUACGCCAACUCGGCGCACCUGCUCGACAUGUUCACCGGCGCGCACGUGCGGAAUUUCAGGUUUAGGAUGUUCACGGAUAGCGAUCACUCCAUCAGUCGGAGAGGGGCGUAUCGCGAGGUGUUUGAAUUCUUGACCGAGUUCCUGUUAGAGAAGUGGGGCAGCGGGGGCAGGAGACGGACCUGGUGAUCUGACCGCUAGAACUUUCGUUUCUUUCUUCAAGGCAUGGUUGGGUAUGGCAUAGGUAUAUAUACAUCAUCAUAUUAUUCGGUUUCUU